AUGGCAGCUUCACCAAUAACAGUGGCUGUUGUACAUACCCCAUACUGGAAUGUUUCGGAUGCUGUUUUGCUUAGAGACGGAUCGCAUAAUGUCGUGGUACCUGCACUUCUUUACCUGCGAGCCUCCGAGAUUGAAACAACAAGUUCUUCACCUCGACCGUCGCAGCGCCCCGACGAACGAAAGAGAAAACGACCUGACACAAGUCGUCGCGACUCAUCUCUUCAGUUUGUUCACCAGUUUGCAUCAAACUCGAAAGAAGAUCAUUCUGAAUUAUCUCCGUGCUCAGGCGACUCCAGCGAUUCGACCGGCGACCAUGAUAUAGGCCCUGCAAACAUUCUUCAUAAGCUGAAUGUGACGGAACACGAACGCUUCCUACUCCAGGAUCUCGAAGAUAAGAUACGGCAAGACGCGUUUUACAGUUCGGUUCAGUCAACGCCAUGUUCUGCACCUGCGUCCAAGAGAAUGAGACAUGACAUUGAUGUGUCAAGGACGAGGGACCAAAAGUCGCCAGAAGAGGAAAAGGACGAAUAUGAGCGGUGGGUAAUGGGUUCAUGGGAUAAUUUGUUCUCAAGAGCAUCUGUCUAUCCAGAGUAA